AUGAGGUAUGCUAGCCCGUUUGCUUCUCUCCUCUCGGACAGCGCUCAUGGACCUGGCGAGCAGGAGACUUUUGAGGACGCCAGCGAACUCAAGGGCGAUGAAGGCCCCUCAAUAUCCCACAGCUCCUCGACACGCUCCUUGACAGGCCGUCGACCCUCCAAUGGUUCCGUGACCACUCCCCGCGCUGGGGACUCGCCUUCGCUGCCGUCAGCACCCUUGGACGGCAAGAAUAAUAAUGAAGAGACGGACGACACCAGUUCCGCCCCCCAUUCGGAGACCGAGGACACGCCGAGAAAAAAGAAGUUCCAAAAGUCACCGCUGCUGACAGCCCACCGUCUGUCCACGACCUCGCUGGACGACGUCAAUCUCCCCAGACCAAGAAUCUCACGCAGGUUCCCCGUCGUUAGCGUCCCCCGAGUCGACUUCGAAACAAACUAUGCCUUCGAAUGGAUUCACUGCCAAUAUGCCUUCGUGCCUUGGUCCUCUGCUCCCUCCAAGCCCUCGACCUCCUCCGCCGCUCCUCCCCCUCCUCCUGCUCCCUCUCGCAAGCUCACAAGUCCAUUUUCGUGGCUGUCGAGAUCGACGGCCUCCAAGGACGUGAAAUCCCCACCAUCGCAGCCUGCAGAUAGCCGCCGAAAUACGGCCGCGUCCGUAUCAACACUCAAUAGCACCUCUGAGGCGCUGGGUCGACUACAAGAGGGCGACGAGACCGACAGCAUGAGUGUUGGUUCAAAGAAGCCGGGACGGAAUAGCCUUAAGGAUCAAUUCAAGCUCUUACGGAUGCGUGACGAGGGCGUCAUUUCUGACAACGACCAGGCGAGCGUUGCAUCCGGUCGUGCCUCGGUCAGCCAUGGAAUCGGCAGUCCACCAAGCAUCGCCGAAGAGCAGGAAGCCGGCUUGCCAGUCUCUCCACCCAUCACUACGGCGUCAAUCGCGUCUUCUAAUCUUCCGACCAACCCGAACCUUGCCCCAGGCACUGUUUCCGGGAUCGCUGCCUCUCCUUCCGACGCCGCAGCCCCUGUGGAUUGGGAGUUAUGGCAGCAACUUGUCAAUCAUGGCCCGGAAGCUUUGACGGGUGCCAACUCCGCCGAGUUGAAUGCCGCGAUCCGGAAGGGCAUCCCCCAGACGAUUCGAGGUGUGAUCUGGCAAGUCUUGGCCGACAGCAGGAAUCCCGAACUCGAAGAAUUGUACAGAGAGCUGGUUGCGCGUGGCACGGACAAGGAGAAAGACCGUCACGGGAGCAUAAAUGGACAGGCCAAUGGGACUGAUCGCGAGAAGGAGUCUUUAUCAUCGUCGCGUUCCUCAGUGCGCUCAGACCAGUCCGGCUCGGGGGCCCUGGCUAACGGGACAGGGUCGUCAUCUCCAGCGCAAGAAAAGGACGCCGAAAAGCUCGCUAAGGAGCAGGCUGCGAUAGAGGCGGCGCGGAAGAAGAAGGCCAAAGAGGAUGCCGAAAUGAUUCGAAAGUUAGAGAAGGCUAUCCGGAGGGAUCUGGGUUCUCGGACGAGCUAUUCGAAAUAUUUCAUCUCACAAGGAAACCAAGAAGCGUUAUUUGGCCUGUGCAAAGCUUAUGCUCUAUAUGACGAAGCGGUUGGCUAUGCGCAAGGCAUCAAUUUCAUCGCGAUGCCCUUACUCUUUAAUAUGGAUGAGGCUGAAGCAUUCACUCUCCUCGUGAAGCUGAUGAACAAGUACGGUUUACGAGAAAUGUUUAUCCAGGAUAUGCCUGGUCUUCAUCUUCACCUGUACCAGUUCGAGCGUCUGCUGGAGGACCUCGAGCCAGCGUUGUACUGUCACCUUCGCCGAAGAGGGGUGACCCCUCAACUGUAUGCAACACAGUGGUUCCUCACUCUCUUCGCGUAUCGAUUCCCUCUGCAGCUGGUUCUCCGGAUUUAUGAUCUCAUCUUUGACGAGGGACUCGAGAGCACGAUCCUUCGGUUUGGCGUUGCCAUCAUGCGACGCAAUGCGGAGACGCUGCUCGGGAUGAAGGACAUGAGCACGCUGUCGACCUUCCUGAAAGAAAAGCUCUUUGACGUCUACAUUGAUCAGCAGCCAUCAGCUAGUUCGAUCUUGGAAUCGGGCUUCUUUGGAAGCUCCGGAGGCGACAAAGAGGUCUAUCGCGCCGACGUCAUGGUGCAAGAUGCUUGUGCGAUCCCGCUGACGCAGGAAAUGAUCAAACAAUAUACUGCGGAGUGGGAGGAGAAGGUUCGCAUCGAAAAGGAGAGAGAGGCGGAGCUUGAGGGCCUGAGGCACACCGUGGCGGUACAGGCGGCCCGAAUACGGUCACUAGAAGAGCAUGCAGAGAAGUCGGACAAGGAGCACGUUCAGCUGGCAUCCGAGCUGGUUCGGUUGAAGGUUGAGAACGAGGAACUGCAGGACAUGAAUGAGAGUCUGCGGAUUCAAGUGCAAGAGCUCAAGAAUGUGGUUGACAAACAGCCGGCCGAGGUGGAGGAGAAACUGCGGACGGAGAUGGAGCGGAUCAUGAAGCGGAAUCUCGAAGUGCAGAACGAGAACCGGUCAAUGGAGGAACAGAUGGCGGAGAUGGAAAAAGAUCUGGUCGAGACGAAGAUGAAGUGGGCCGAGCUGUCUGAAAACCAUGAAGCACUCAAACAGAAAUGGGCCGACCUGCGCAGAGCACUUGAUUAG